UCAGAGGAGGCAGAGGCGCUCCUUCGCCCCGGUCCAAACUCCACUUACAAAGCCCGACAUUAUAUCUGUCAGAGAGGAGACCUGCAUGGACAAAACCGGGACAUUACCCAUGUUUUCGUGCGAUUUACGGCGAUGAGGGAUUCCAGAGGCUUAACGCACCUCCAAUUACCAAAGAAAGGGCUAUUAAGCUCAAUUAUUUGUUAGAGAAAGAGUGGAAAAGGAGAAAGGGGUGUGCAUGUUACUCGGUGGGCUUCAUUUCCUCGGUGCUGCAGAGCAGGAGCUGGAUGACAUGAUGCUGCAGAGCCCGCUCACCUCCACGCCGUUUUCUGUCAAGGAUAUCCUCAAGCUGGAGCAGCAGCAGCAGCAGCAGCAGCAGCAGCAGUCCGGGUCCCUGGAGCUCCAGCACCGGGCCCACACUCAGCAGCAGUUGGCCGGGUCUCCUUCCCAGCAGCAGCAUUUCCAAACCCCGCCGUCCUGCAUGCUCGCCGGGGCCCGGGACAGUCCUCCUUUUUCGGACGGAGAGGACAACCUGGCCUACCUCAGCGCGCUGGCGGUGCGGGAGGAGGACCGCGGGGAGACCAGCCUGUCCCCGGACAUGUACGUCCACCCCGGCCUGCAGGGAGCCAAGCUGGAGGCCGCCGAGCUGGACGAGCAGGAGAGCAAGAGCUGUGGUUUGGUGUCCCGGGAGGAGGCAGCGGAGUGCGGGCAGGGCGACCCAGAGCGGCCGGCGCAGAAGCAGAGGAGCCGGCGGAGACCCAGGGUGCUCUUCUCCCAGGCGCAGGUCUUCGAGCUGGAGCGGCGCUAACAGCGCUACCUGUCCGCCCCGCGAGCGGGAGCACCUGCCCGACCACCCUCAGCACACUCACCUCGACCAGGCUGGUUCCAGAACCGCCGCUACAAGUGCAAACGGCAGCGGCAGGACAAGUCUCUGGAGGUGGUGGGACAGCACCACCCUCCUCCGCCCCGGCGCGUCGCCGUGCCGGUGCUGGUCCGAGAUGGGAAGCCGUGUCUGGGCGGUGCGCAGAGCUACGCCGGCGCCGCUGCUCCGUACGGAUCCAACCCGUACAGUUAUAACGGAUACCCAGCGUACACAUACAACAGCCCCGCUUACAACAGCAACUACAGCUGCACGUACACCAGCAUCCCGGCCCUUCCUCCGUCCAGCACCUCCAAUGCCUUCAUGAACAUGAACUUGGGUAACGUGAGCGGCCUCGGCGGCUCCCCACAGGCUCAAACACAUCAAGGGACAGCGGUCACAUCCUGUCAGGGCUCCCUGCAGGGGAUCCGGGCCUGGUAGCCUCACCAGAACAGUACUAGUGUCUCUUUUUUUUAAAUUUUUUUAAUGGAGCUCUUUCAUUUUGGUCAACCCACAAGAGUAUGUUAACUUGGUCAAAACGCCUCAGAAAACCGUAUUGCUUAUAUAAUGGACGUGAGUUUGGAUUCAGCUGCCAGAUGAGAUGAAAUUUCACUCGAUUUUUGCGGCUACUUCAAGUGUAUUAAAACCGAGAUUAGUGUGCGUAAAGUCUGGACGUCACACAGUCACAGCUUGGGUGAAAUUUCAUUUUGUGAUCCAAUAAUUGUUGGUGCUCUAGUUUGGCACUGGUCGGACUGAAGCGCAGACGGGAAAUUACGCACAAGUUUGCGCAUUUCUCCUUAUUUGAACUCAAAAAGAUUAUUGAAUUUUUUUUAAAUGUUUGUUUUUAACAUGGUAUAUUUUUAGGUUAUGGAGAGAUUGCUUCAAAGUGUUUUUUUUUUUGGUUCAACAGAGAAUUGUUUUA